AUUUUCCCCAUCGGUAGAGGGGCGCAGACGGAGCCGGAGCGCAGGGCGAGCACGGAGGGGCCCGCGGACGGCAGCAGGAUGACCGUCCAGGAAUUCAACACCCUCGUAGCCCUGUACCGGGAGCAGGUCAUAUCCAUCGGGGAGAUCUCGGCCGACUGUCCGUCUCUGCGGGCCCAGAUGCACCACACGCGGUCCAAAGGAUGCUCCAUGGCCCGGGCAGCGCACCAGGACCUCGCCGUCAUCUCCGUCUCAGGUCCAGAGGACGGAGAGAUCCACCCCGAGAUCUGUCGGCUCUUCAUCCAGCUGCAGUGCUGCCUGGAGAUGUUCAUCACGGAGAUGCUCAAGUCCAUGUGCCUGCUGGGGGUACUGCAGCUCCACAGAAAACGAACGGACUCAGAGCCGAAGCUGGACUUCAGGAUGGAUGAAAGCUCUGAUGUUCCCAUCCUGGAAGACCGAUCCUCCUCUCCCAUAGACUUUCCUCAGGAGCAGUGGUUGGUGGGAACCGAUAUCGAGAACAUAGAGAGCCAGUUGGUCCUGCUGCUACAGCUCCUCAGCUGCAUGUCAGCUGGUCUGGCCUGUUUCUGUGACCGGUACCCGUGGGGACCGUGGUCCACCUGCUCCAUGACCUGUAACCACGGCACACAGAAGAGAGAGAGGAGCUUCCAGAUGGAUGAGUAUUACUGGAAGAGCAGCUGCCCUCAGCUGUGUGAGAGGUACGACAGGAGAGCCUGUAACGAGCAGGCCUGUCCAAUCAACUGCGUGCUGACGGAGUUCGGGCCAUGGUCUGACUGCUCACCCUGUGCCAAGAAACAGUUUCGGACCCGGGCUGUCCAGAGGCCAUCCCAGUUUGGUGGAUCGCACUGCAGCGUGGAACUGACAGAGGAGAGGCCCUGUCACCCCUCCGCAGAGUGCAUGUUAGCACCCAUCAACUGCAGAGAUGACUUCAAGUGCGAUAAUGGACGUUGCAUCAACUCAACCCUAACAUGCAACAGACAGAACGACUGUGGAGAUAACUCUGAUGAGAGGGACUGUGUCAACCCCACAGUUGUGUGUCCAGCAGAGAGGAGAGUGGCCCCCGGGGCUGACCUUGUGGGCAAUGGGUUUGAUGCUCUAGCAGAGGAGCCGAGGGGAGCAGUGCUGGACAACAUGUUUAUGGGAGGAAGCUGCAUUAUCAGGAGGCCUCCGACCACACUGCUCUACCAUCGAAUACCUCACAACUUUGAGAGCUUUGACAUUAAGGUUGGAGUGCUAGAAGACUUCAGCACCGAGCCCCAGCCACUACACACAGAGUCCAUCAGUGUGAAGAGGUCCAGUUCGAGUGAAGACAACAAACAAAAUCGAGACACUUUUUUCUUCAUCUAUUUCCUAAGUACAUCUAGGACGCAAGUGAGCUCUAACAAAGAGGCUUUUGAAGCUUCAAAGAAAAUCGACUCCAAGUUUUUCCGGGUACACCAGGUUCUGCCUGUGUCCACAUUCAAGGUGAGGGAACCGGGGGACCUUGUCCUGUCACAGCCUUUCCUCCAGUUCCUUCAUGCUCUUCCUCUUGAUUACAACUACGCCGUCUACAGGGACAUCUUCCAGCGCUUUGGGACUCACUACUACAGCUCAGGGACACUGGGAGGCCACUAUGACCUGCUGUACCAGUACAACCGACAGGAACUCAACAGUUCAGGUGAAACCGAAGAGCACAUCAAAGGCUGCCUGGGCCAAGAGACCACCUGGACCAUCAUCCUCUACACCGAACAUAGCAGUGUAACCCGAUGCUCUGACAACAGGAUGACUCAGAAAUAUCAAGGCUCGUUCAUUCAGGCAGCAGAGAAGUCUUUCUCCAUGGUGAAAGGAGGAAGAACCAGAGAGGCAGCAGCUCUGGCAUGGGAGAGGCAGGGCCCGGCUCCGGACCGAACAUCUUACAAGAAUUGGGCUAAGUCCAUUCUUGACAACCCUGCUAUGGUUGAAUACAAGCUGCUGCCUAUCAUAGAUCUUGUUCGGGGUAUCCCUUGUGCCGCCACAAAGAGGAGACACCUUAGGAAGGCCCUCCUGCAGUACCUGGAGGAAUUUGAUACCUGCAAGUGUGCUCCGUGUCCCAACAACGCCAGGCCAGUUCUCUCUGGCACAGAGUGCAAGUGUGUUUGCCAGACUGGCACCUUUGGCACCAACUGUGAGAAACGGGCUCCCGACUACACUUCAGAGGAGGUGGAUGGUUACUGGAGCUGCUGGGGGCCGUGGAGUCGCUGUGGAGUCUCCAUGAAGAGAUAUCGGACAAGGCGGUGUGAUAACCCAGCCCCCCUAAGAGGAGGCCAACCCUGCAAUGGUCCUGGCAGACAGGUGGAUCCGUGUCACAUCUCCAUCUUUGAAAAACAGGAGACCUGUGACAACGAUGACGACUUCACUGUGGGCUGGAGGGAUGAGCUGCCUCCUGGUGUGCAGGGCUGUCUGAGGCCACAGAGGCCUGCCAACAGCUUCCUAAGGAAAGCGAAGCAGUAUUAUGACUUUGGUGAGGAUGAGGAGUUCCAGUGCUACACUGGAUUCGAACUGGAGGGUUUUCAGUUCAUCAACUGUCUCCCUGAUGGAACCUGGAGUCAGCCAAAUGGAAAAUGCAUCAGAAGGCUCUGCGUUCCUCCUGAGAUCCCCGAUGGGAUUUUGCUGUUCCCCGACAAAGACGAGUACAGAAUUGGGGAAUCAGUGGGUUUGAACUGCAACGAGACGGGCCUAGUGCCACUGCCACAAAGCUUCUACAAAUGCAGCAACAGCCUCGCCUGGGAGCCUCCGUUAUCUGCCGACCUACGCUGCACUGACGAGGAACCAUUUGUUCCUGAGGGUCAGUGUGGUCCAGGAGAGAAACUGCAGGACUCUCGAUGUGUCUGUAUCCAACGGGAGAGCUGCCUUUCAAAACCAGCAAAUCUCUGUAUCCUGAACGUAGACAUCGGCAUCAUCGUGUCGAUGUCCCUCUGCUCCUUCCAUGCCGGUCGUUGCCACGGUGAUCCGCUCUUCUUCGUCAGCGAGGGCGAGUGCGACACGGCCAAUUCUGGGGAACUGGAGUGGGCCAAGUUCAGGGCUAAAAUGGCCUCUAAGAGCUCCGUUCAGGAGCCCUGUGAUCUGGACACCUGUUACGAAUGGGAGACUUGCUCUGCCUCUAAGAAGUGUGAGUGCAGAGCUGCUCGGGACUGCUCCGGAGUCAAAGAGCACCAGUUCUGUGUGAAGCUGACCCGGACCCAGAGGACUCGCAGUCUGGACCUUUGUUCUAUGGCUGCUCUCAAGUGUGCCAGCUAUCAGUUUGAGAUUCUCAAUGAAGGCAUGUGUGAGUCUAAAUGAUUCUACUAAAGUUUUUCUGUGCCACUACACUCAACCUCUGAAUUCUUCUGACAGUGGUGUGUUUAAAAUAAUGUUUCACCACUGUGGAAUAACUGGGACAAUAACUACACAGUUACUAAUACAUAUGAUUUACAGUAAAGGUAAACUAUACAAAACUACUGUGUUUCUUUUUCCAUCGCACUGUGCGCUGGAAACCACAAUUUUAGAGUCACCAUAGACAUCAUUACAUCUUGGACCAUGUUACUCUUUAAAAAUGUAAGUUAUAAUUAUAGAAGCAAACUAUGCUGACAAGCAGAUAUACCAACGCCCAUGCGCCAGAAACAACUCACAACCAAAAGCACACCUCAUGAUGGGCGAUGGGAGAGCCAGCUCACAAAACCGGGCUCAAGCAGGCGGUUUCGGAUGUGCUCAUUGGGUGGGCUGAGGUGCACCUGAUGCACUUUCAGAGUCUGUUUUUCUGAAAGGCCCUAGAAGACAACAUCAUCAUUUUAUAUAUUAAAUUUUUAUUUGGUAUGACUGGAGGAUUACCGGACCUGAUACCACAUGUAUCAUGCUACCACCUAAUGUUAGAUUUGCACCAAGUCUAGUAUGGUAAAUCAGGGGUAUGCUGUAAUUCGAAUGUGCAUACAAAAUGGCGUCCUUUGGGGAGGUGACCUGGUGGGAAGAUAUUAUCAAAUAGUAAACCUUCGUUGAAUUUUCACCAAAGUCGGGACGACUGUACUGGAGGACAGACUGGAGAGGCAAUUUGGUGACAUUUGAACAACACUGUAACAUCAAAACAAGGACAGGUGUUACAGCGCAGGUAUGAUGGAUUUCCAAUUCAUUUGGAAAGACAAAUCUGGAGCACAUGGUGUACCAUAUUUCACAAUGUCCCCUGAAGACAAAGCACAUAUACAAGAGUGAAAGCACAAACAUUAAGGGAAAUGCGCUUCAAAACCAGAAAUGCAACAAAUAUGGAUACACUUACACAUAAGGAAAACGCAUGCAACAAGACCGGCUACAGCCGAAGUGCUCCAGGACGCUAGGGUGAGCGAUAGGCUUGAUUUUAAACUGUUGGGAAGAUUGUUUUUGCCCAGAACAGCUCAGAUCUCCAACACAUUUCACGAGCCUCACGUAGUGAUACAGUAUAUCAAGCUGGAACUUCACCUAACUUGUCUGCUGACCUGAUCUGAGCCACUUUUUUAAGGACACAGAGAAGAAAAAAAAAAGCUGUAGUCAGUCAAGUCAAGUCUUAAUACAGGAGCAGUGUGGAAUAUUCACACUGCCAAAUGUUCUUCACAUGCAAUAAAGCAUUUUUUAAAGAA